CCCCCUCUCCUCCUCUAGCUUCUCCUUCUCUCUCUCUCCUUCCUGGACCAUUCUCUCUAUCUCCUUUCUCUCUCUACACAUACUCAGACGAGCAGAAGCAGCUAGGGACACCAUAGGCAAACUACUUCAGCAAGAAAUUAAACUAUCUCCUACGCAAGAUCAGAAGAAACUGUGUAUGGAGCAAGAAGAGGUUGGCCUCGCCCUGGGCCUCUCCCUCGGCUCCGGCCACCACCACCAGGAGCUCAAGCCCCAACAUCCGUCGCAUCCGUGUGCGGCGUUGUUGGAGCCUUCUCUGUCGCUCAGCGGCCCGGCGACCAAGGAUGAUGGCCCGACCGCACCGGUGAGGAGGUUCGCUGCCGUGAAGAGGGAGCUGCAGACGAUGGAGGGGAACGACGACGAGGCCACCGGCAGGGUACUUGUCUACUCAGUGGCGUCGUCGGCGGUGGUUACUGCCGACGACGACGAAGGGUGCAACAGCAGCCGGAAGAAGCUGAGGCUGUCCAAGGAGCAGUCGGCGCUGCUGGAGGACCACUUCAAGGAGCACAGCACCCUCAACCCUAAGCAGAAGGCUGCUUUGGCCAGACAACUGAACCUGAGCCCAAGGCAAGUGGAGGUUUGGUUCCAAAACAGAAGAGCCAGAACCAAGCUGAAGCAGACAGAAGUGGACUGCGAGAUUCUCAAGCGCUGCUGCGAGACGUUAACAGAGGAGAACCGGCGUCUCCACCGCGAGCUCCAGCAGCUCCGCGCCCUCAGCCACCCGCACCCCCACCCGGCUGCCUUUUUCAUGCCCACCGCCGCUGCCGCUGCGCUCUCCAUCUGCCCCUCCUGCCAGCGCCUUGUUGCCACCGGAGCAUCUGCCGCCGCCGCAACCACCGCCGGUGCAGAUAAUAAGCCUAAGGCGGGCGGCCCCGGCGGCCGAGCGCCACACGUGUUCAGCCCUUUCACCAAUUCUGCCGCCUGCUGAACACGCAUACAUAUGUAUAUACAUGCAUGCGCACACAUACAUAUAUACGUAUUUUUCUUUAGCGCUAGCCACGCUCUAUCAUUCAUCGAUGGUCAUCUACUAGCUAGAUAGUAAUUGGUUCACUAGAUGGCAUAUAUUCCUGUCCCCUCCCCCCUUAAUUCAUUAGCUUUGUUUUUUCACAAGCUAAUUAAUGAAUUGAUAGCGGCGUCGCGUGAGGACGAUGGAGCACCACGCAUGCAUAUGAUUCUAGUAGCAAAAACAAGAGAUAUAUGUCUUGUUUAAUUUGGUGUUGCUUCUGCUUAGUAUAGUGCCCACUGCUGGUGCUGUAGCUGUAGCUUUAAUUAGUAGGUGUUCCUGAUGGAUUUCCUCUUGUAUUAGUUAACUGUCAGUCAGGGAAUAGUAAUGAUGACAGCAUGACACCACAUACACAUCCCAGUUUAUUUGGAUGUGGAUCCAUGUAUAUAUGCACAUGCCACAUGACGGAUCUGUUUCAACAAUUAAAUACUAUAUUGAUUUGUCUUC